AUGAUACCCACUGCAGCUCCCAAGAAAAAGCGCGCGCCUAGGCGAUGUAUGAGAUGUCCCAACAGGCCGUUACUCUCGACUUGUGAGCAUCGCUUCAGGAAGCCUCGCCUCGAGACUACAGGAGUUCCGUCAACCCCCAACACCAAUGUAACCUCGACGGCAACGACUAUCCCGCCUAUCCCGCCUCCCAUAGACCCUUUACUUUUGGAGGAAGAACGCCUAAUGCGGGAGACAGCCCUCCUACGCGACGGCUUGAUGCAGUCAGCGGGCCCUGCAAACAUCGAUGAACAGCCAGAAGAAGACGGUGGAACACGGACCCCUUCACCUAGGAUCGAUGGACAAUCCCAGACCCAGCACAUGGGGUCUCCAGGCGCGCCUGCAAGUGACGAGCCGCAGCAGGAAGGCGGCGGUGGACCACAUACCCAGGCACGUACCGUCGAAGGCGAAACCCAGACCCAGCCCCCGCGUACCCCAUCCCCUGCAGUCCAAAGCCGGUCCCCAUCCCCUACCCCAUCCCCUGCUAUGCAAGACGAGCCCCAGUCGCAACGUCCAGGCAAGGAGGCGACCCGCCGGGUUAAACGUAUCCAACCGUCGGGGGUGAACCACUUCCAUGGGUUCGUUGAAGGUGCGGGACGUGGAUCAGAGGAAUACCGUGUAUAUCGUGUCCGCGAACUCAAACCCCCCAUCACCGACGAAACCAAGGCCACGAAGGAUCUCGAACGGUGGACGAUCGACCUACUCUCUCGUUGCGAAGCGAUUUCGACUCGAUCUGGAUGUUGGCUUUACAUGGCUAUCCAGCACCCCGCUGCUAGGACACCGUUCGUCCACUUCAUGUCGCGAAAACUCAGGAGGGAUGCACCUGAGGCCUGCAAGCUUAUCCAUCGAGAGGUUCGUCAGACCAUGAACGCUCUCACUCGAGCGCAUCGUCGCGGAAGGGUUGAGCUAGAGGUGGAGUUGGAGAAAACGAAGGAUGACCUUGAAUCGGCGCAGAAGCGUGCGGAGGACGCUGAGAGGGCCCUGGAAGCCUUGAAGGCGAAACUCGCAGCUAGCCUCCAGGGGUCCUCACAGGCUACCGACUUCCCUCAGGAUACUCAACCCGAACAACCUGUCCAUCCUGAGGAGUAG